AGCGGAUGGAGUAUAAAGAGGAGGAUUGAGCUAAGUCGCUCUGCUCGUUUUAUAAAGAAGACACAGGCUUUUAAACACUGAGAAAGACAUCUCGUGAAGCUGGAACAGCUGGAAUUACAAAGAAACCACAGCAAAGAUGAUUGGUGCUGAACCUCAAGGAGCAACAAGUGAGGUGCUGCACCUUGUAAACCAGAUAAAGGUUUUAUUGGAACAAGAACCAAAGUAUCAGCCAAAGAUAAGUGGUUUGAAAAUAGUUGAAUCUGCGCGUGACAAUGGGAUCCAUAUGACUGUCCAACUGAGGGAUCUCGAAGUCAAGGAGCUGCUCAGCCUGUCUCAGUUCUUUGGCUUCAGCACAGAUGUGUUUGUUCUGGCUGUCCACCUGCUUGAUAGAUUCUUGGCCUUGAUUAAGGUGCAACCGAGACAGUUGUGCUGUGUGGGCCUGACCUGCUGUUACCUGGCUGUGAAGGUGCUGGAGGAGGAGCGUAACGUCCCACCAGCCAAUGACCUAAUUCGAAUCAGCCAAUGUAGAUUCACGGUGUCAGAUAUGAUCAGGAUGGAGAGGAUUAUUCUAGAGAAGCUGCUUUGGAGGGUGAAGGCUCCAACUGCCCUGAAUUUUCUGCGACUGUAUCACACUUUGAUUCUGAAUUGUGCUGCUUCUGAAAGGAAGAAGAUCCUAAAUCUUGAACGACUUGAAGCCCAACUUAAAGCCUGCAGCUGUCACUUUGCCUUUUCCAAAACAAAACCUUCCAUAUUGGCACUUUCCAUUCUUUCGCUGGAGGUGCAAGCGCAAAAACUGCACGAAAUAGUGGAGACUGUCGAGAGCCUUCAACAGAAUUUCAAAAUAAGUAACCGGGAUUUGUUCCACUGGAGGGAACGGGUUGCAAAGUGUUUAGCAGAGUACUCUUCAUCCAAGUGUUCUAGACCCAAUAACAAGAAACUGAUGUGGAUCGUGUCGAGAAGCACAUCUCGACACCUUCAGCCCAGUUGGCAGAGAAUCACUCCUCUCCCAACCAUCCCUGAAGCUGCAACUUGUGUUGAAUGAAAGAUACGGAAAGCCGCCGUUAGAGAAUUCCUAUGAAGAUGUGCACUGAAGGAGCAACUUUUAUUACAAUUAAAAUGCCUCAAAUAAUUA